AUGCCGUCAAAGGCGAAGCGCGUAGCCGUGGCGUCCACAAUCAAGCUACCCUUCAACACCGACCCUGGCGCAUGUUACGAAAAAGUCGGCUGCAGCCUCCUAGGCCCAGAUGGCCCCUGGCAAGCACCCUUGGUCCGAGUUGGCGGCGACGACGGCCCUCAGCUACCACUGUACCCCAGCUUAUUCUACGGGAACUCGAUUCUCACCACCGAGGGCGGCGGGUUCUAUGACCCGGCCAAGUCGUCAGCAGCGCGCAAAACGGAGCUGUCACAUCUGGAAAGUGACGAAUUGAAACACUUAAUGUAUGGCUUCAUCAACCAGACGUCAAGCACGGUAACGUCGUAUUUUGACAGCAUGCAGCUGAUAUCGGCGUCGUCGGAUGAUGUAAGCAUCAAUACAACCAUUUUCGCCACGAGCGACUGGAAGUACAAGACCGCCAACGGCUCGUCAUUCGUCCCAAGGGUGGGAUACUUGGGACUCGGGACCUACAACCUCACCGAUGCGGACAGCGUGCCUCCCGGCGUGCUGGACCAGGUCAAAUUCCAGGGCAUCAUUGGCACCAAGACUGUGAGCAUGCAUCUCGGCAGUGCGAAGCACGAGCAGAGCGGCUCAUUCAUCCUCGGCGGCUACGACAAGAGCAGGGUGCUUCCUUGUUGCGGAAGCUCAGUGGCCUCUUCAACAGGUGGCGGCGUCCGCGGCCUCGGAUCUAGCCGUGACAAGACAUCUUUUGGAUUAAAUGGAAUAAGACCCGCACCUCUAAAGGCACCCCGGGGCGACGGCGAUAUGGUUCUCCGAAUAGAGGGCAAGGAGUCCGAUGGUCUCUGGGUUGAUAACCAGGAAAAGGGUUGCCAGCGCGGCGCGCUCCCAAAGACGACGAGGCUGUCGGAUCUGAUCUCGCUGCCGUGGCUUCUGCAGCGCAUCGUCACCACCUUUGAGGCGCCGCCGUGUACGAAAGAAGACGGCCACAAAAGCACCUGGUCGUUUCUUCUCUGGAAUGUGGAAGAUCCCACAUGCGCCCUCAUCAUCGAGGACCACAAGGGUUGCCCCCAGGCCUACUUUUGCGGCGGGAAAAAGGCUAGCAACGAAGCCCUCCAGUUGCUUCAGUGGCUCGCCGGUACAAACUGUCCGCACCCAUAUGAUUACACGCCCUGUGGGAUGGUUGCGUAA